UGAACAUCACGUGUGAGAUGCCAUCGAGGUUCCGCUGUGCUAACGGCUACUGCAUCUACUCUGGGAAUCUGUGUAACCAGAAGGACGACUGUGGGGACGGAAGUGAUGAGAAGGAGGACCUCUGUAAGCAACGUACCCCCAAUGCAACAUUUGUAAAUGCAGCCCUAAUGCAAUAUGUUGUGGAGGUUAGGUUCAGUAAACGCAGAAAUUAUGCAACCUGUAGUGAUGUUUAAUGAAGUGAACAUAGCCCGAAUGCAACAUAUUGGGGUUUAUCUGGGUUUAGUUAAAGUAGCCCUAAUACAAACUGUAGUGGGGUUUAGGUUUUGUGAAUGUAGCCCUUAUGCAAAUAAUAUUAUGGUUACGUUUGAGUGAACGUAGACCUAACCCAAAUAUUCAUUAGGUUAAGGUUCAGUGAACGCAGCCCUUUUAUUUGAAAAUGUAUUGCAAUAAACACUGAGUGUACAAAACAUUAGGAACACCUUAAUAUUGCGUUGCACCCACUUUUGCCCUCAGAACAGACUCAAUUUGUCAGGGCAUGGACUACAAGGUGUCGAAAGCGUUCCACAGGGAUGCUGGCACAUGUUGGCUCCAAUGCUUCCCACAGUUGUGUCAAGUUGGCUAGAUGUCCUUUGGGUGGUGGACCAUUCUUGAUACACACAGGAAACUAUUGAGCAUGAAAGACCCAGCAGCAUUGCAGUUCUUGAAACACUCAAAACGGUGCGCCUGGCACCUACAGUACCACCAUACCCCGUUCAAAGGCACUUCAAUCUGUUGUCUUGCCCAUUCACCCUCUGAAUGGCACACUAUGUCUCAAUUGUCUCAAGGCUUAAAAAUCAUUGUUUAAUCUGUCUCCUCCCCUUCAUCAACACUGAUUGAAGUGGAUUUAAGGGAUCAUAGCUUUCACUUGGAUUCCCCUGGUCAGUCUGUCAUGGAAAGAGCAUGUUUUGUACACUCAGUGUACAUUUUCCAAUGGAAUCUUCCCGAACAUUGCAUGGAUAAUGACAUUGUUAGAUCACCCUCUAUGUUAAAGUGCAGUUGGACAGGCACUCAGUGACUUAAUCUCAAAUUAAGGGUGAGGGGAAGCAUUUAUGACUAUUGAAAUAACAAUAUUAUAGAUAAGAAAGUCGUUAUUUGUUUGAUUGUUGUACAAUCCGGCUUAAAAAUCAAUCUAGGCAAAUUAUUUUUAGAAGAGAUUACUGUUGUAUUGUUGUUAUGAAUUGAGGCAGUUUUGUAAUAUUUUUGCGGGGCGUGGGGGUACAACAGGAUGAGACAAAAGAUAAAUUAAGAAUGGAAUGCAACUUUGAUUGUGUUUAUGUAUUUGUGUGUGUGUGUGCCUGUGUGUUUGCGUUCAUGCUUGUGUGUGUGUGUGUGUGCGCGUGUGUGUGUGUGUGUCUGUGCUCAUCCGUGCGUGUUUCCUUACAGGCCGUGAGCCCACCCUGGCUCCUUGCACACUCCAGGAGUUCAAAUGUACCAAUGGACAGUGUGUAGCCCUGCCCUAUGUGUGCGACCACAAUGACAACUGUGGGGACCGCACUGACGAGAUAGGCUGCAGUGAGUUCAACAUCACUCUCUCACAACAUUUAAUCUUCUGAGAGAGCAAAACCCAUUGCUCACAAUUAUUUGUAUUACAUAAUUGUUACAUUACAAAUGAGUAACCAUCAUCUGCAAUGUAUCUGUGAAGGAGCUGGCCGUACCCAUGCACACUACGAGGUUAAUGAAAAUAGUAACUGGACUGGAAACAUUUUCAAAAUCUGUAAAUAUUUAUUAUAAAACAGUUGGGUUAAAAAAUAGGUUAAAAUACAGACAAUGCUAAAGGUUAUAAAAUCAACAAACUUUCCUGCAGAGCAUAAAAGCAUGUCUACCUCCUUUCAUGAAGUAUUUCUCCUACACUGUUCAAACAGACACAUUCUAAAGCGACACACAAUAAUUAAAGAUCAAUCAUUAACACAGUAAUUAAGAUCAACACACCUGAACACACGCAAACUGACAAGACAAACACUUGAAACUGUUGAUGAUACAUGUACAUGUAUAGCAAGGUUUGAAUGAUAGGAAACACAAUUUGGGCCCAAUGAAACAACAUAUUUGACAAACUAACACAUUUAAAAUGUAUAAGUGAAGAUGCGUUAUCCUUAUGCAGAUGCUAUCUUCACAGUAUCUAUUAUGUAAUGUAAGUAGGUUAUUUACCUCAGCCUUUCUCAACCUCGGGGCAAUUCCAUAUAUUUGAUCUAUUCAAACACCACUGAAACUAGUGACUAAUCAGCAAAGGGUGUGCUGGUGUUGGAAUACAUCAAAAUUAUGGAAUGACUGGUGGGCCUUGAGGAUUGGGUUGAGAAAGGCUGAUCUACCUUACUUUAAUUCUACUUUCAUAGCCUGAACCAGAUUCCUUAACUUCAAAUGAUUGUUUAUUACUGUGAUAUUAUCAAAAGCUGAUUUAGACAAAUGGAGAAAGUGACCCAUUGUGUGCCCUGUUCCAGAUUUUGGCCAUGACCGGACCUGUGAGGAGAAACUGUGUCAGCACGAGUGUACCAACCUGAACGGGACCGGCUUCAUCUGCUCCUGUAAACCCGGAUACAGAGUGGACCCAGACAGCACCUUCAACUGCAUAGGUACACACAUAUAGAGACAUGCUCACUAGGGCUGACCCCAUUUAGUCGACUGGUCGAUUGUUUGGUCGAUAGGCUGUUUGUUGGUCGACCGAGAUUUCUUUAGUCGAACAGUAGCAAACAAUUAAUAAAUGAUGGUGUACAAGACACCUGUCUGAUUUGCGCCUGUCUGAGUGGACUACUCAAUUGUGGAGGCCAUGGGGGUGGCAAAGUCCAUCACUAAGGCAUGAGCUACUGAAAUUGUAUAUGGUUAAGGACAAUUGUACAACACUAAUAAAAAUAAUAUUAUUUUAUAACAAAUGCGCUUUCUCCCUCGUUUGAUAGCGGUCACUGUCCGCGGUUCUGAAACAUCAGUGUGCUGUUGAAUUGGCGCCUUUUCCUAGACCAUGUUGCUAUGUGCAUAAUAGCAAAGUUAGCCAGCAUAUUGGUGUUGAGAACAAUGUGGCAGCAGAGUUAGGAGACGAGAAAACAGCCCCUGCCUUAAUUGUCUAAGAAAAGUGAGGAGAGAGGAAACCCCAACAUAAUUAGGUCUAUAAUCAGUAGCCUAACUGUUAAAUGUGCCUGGGUAUUUUUAAAUCAUCCAUAUAUACUAUAUCUACAGAAAUAAGACAGAUCCUGCUUGUGUUGCCUGUUUGUUUAAUAGCCUCCUGAUUCCGUGAGCACCAAGCCUCAUGCAACACAACAUGUCGGAUAAACAAUUUCACAAAUUCGGCUGUUUUUAAUCUCUGGAAUUACUUAUUAAUAAUAUUUAUAAUAAUAAUAAGCCUCCUAUUCUUGAUCUCCUUGUUAUUGUUAUUAUUAUGAUCAUCAUUAUAAGAAUAAGUAAUGCCAUUAUCAUUAGUAGGCUUAGUAGUUUAUAGCAGCCUUGUAUAACUACCAUCGAGCUGUAGGCCUAAUAGCACAUCCUGUUUAGUCUUAAUUCCAUAAUUUACUUAGGCUUAUAUUUCAAUACUUACUGUAUAUAGGCUACUGUAUCAAUCAAUCAAUAAUUCGUACAUGUCACCACACCGCAUAUGAGGCAUUCAUGAUUUUUAAAUGGGGGGUGUACUUCUAAGCUAUAUGGAAUUGUUUUAAGAAGGUCAUACCAAGGAUCAUUUUGCUAUUUGAUUUCUGAAAAAAAAAAAAAAAAACAUUAAAACAAUUAUUAGAAAAAUUAUUUUUUGGCCUUACUGCUAUUAGCCCAUACAAACACAUUGAAUAACAGAUUCACUACAUGGAACAAUAGAUAGUCCCAAACAAAAUCUAAAGGAAGUUUGUUCUGAAGUGUCUGUCCUAUAUCUGAGAAAUGUAAGAAAGAUCAGGAAACAUUUGUUGUAUUUUUUAAAACUUAUUUUUGUCACUAAACAGUCUCCAUAUACUGUACUUCCAUACAUUUUUUCAACGGGUACAGUGGGACCUUCAGACAAGUCUUUUGAGGCCUGUGGGCGCCCUAGAGCAAAACAAGAGUCUCACCUUUACACAGAUGGGUCAUAUUAGUGUGUAGCCCAAACCCUUUGGACGCUACAGACGUUGCCAGAUCGGUUGUACCGACUUCAGAUGAGUCCCAAGACGCUUGUGGAGGUCAUAGAGCAAAACGAAGAUUCUCAUCUUUCCAUAGAGGGGUCAUAAUAGUUUGUAGGCCAAACCGUUCGGACGCUAUAGAUGAUUUUGUGAGAAUACCGAUCUUCGGGUUGUCUCAUGUUCUGACAAACACCGUUGUAGUUCUAUCACCUUUCACCGCAGCUGCGGAAGUGUUACAUAGGUGGAUGCGGUUGAUUGAGACGCAUCCAAUGCAAAAAAUAGAUAUCUCUAGAUAUCUCUAGCUUAAACUGACAGAUUUUUAUGGGGAAUCUUUCCACGGGGGCGCGGGCAUCGACCUUAGGUUAAUUAUUUAAUCAAACAGAGCGCUUAAAGCACCAGACAAGCUCAGUGCAUAUAGUUGAUUUCAUUAAAACACAUAGGAUGUGUCUAAAUAUGGAAAAAUACACAUUUUAAAAUGUUGACUAAUCAAUUGGUGACUCUCGGUCUACAGCCCUAAUGCUUGUACGCACACACACCACACACUCCGACAUGCACUUAAACAACAUUCAACUUACACUACACCCACACAGACAUAAACAACAUGAAUAUUUCAAAUCAUAUUAACUGGAUCAUUGCCUUCAUUCCAUCUCUUCCUUGUAGAGUUGUUGUUGACUGAAAACAAUACAACAGAAUCAACGAAGCACAAGCUACACGCUUGACUAGAUAACACUCUGAAAGAACAUAAAUCAAAGUGUUUGUUGUGAAAAGCAGCAGCAUUAGUAUGACUCCGUUUUGUGGUUAUAAACAGUAUAGGUCAAUUCUUUGUCCAAAACAUGUUUUGCUUAGAAAAUAGCAUUCAAGUCCAUGUUUACAGAGACCUUGCUACCCUAUAAACAAUAACAAGCAAUAUAGUUACUUAACUUUCUACCUCAAUUUUUCCCAGACGUCAACGAGUGUGAGGUACAUGGGACAUGUCCGCAGGUCUGCAAGAACACCAAGGGCGGGUACGAGUGUGUGUGUGCCCCCGGGUACCGCAAAGUGGGUAAUGGCAACCAGUGUGAAGCUGAGGGUGAGUUCACACCUCUACCAUACUGUUGUUUAGACCUGAGACCUAAAGCUUUGCUUUAGAAAUAUGCUAAUUGCUAAGUAUUUUGCUAAUUGAAGACCAGUUGACUAAUUUGCAAAUGAACAGUUUGUUGGUUUUAUCUCAUUUUAGUGCUGUGUAGGCCUAUAAAUUGAGUGUUUGAGAUUUCAAAAUAAUCUCCAUAAUAUUAUACACUAUUAUGAACAAAUAGUAACAAUAUUGUUAUUAUUACAGUUGCUAUUAAUUUAUCGACGUUUCUGGAGAAACGUUUUAUGGGUAAACUUUAAAAAUAAACUUUUCCUACUUCAACACAAACUUACCUGAAGCUGAUUAUUCCAGGUGCCGGGCCUCUCCUAUUGCUCCCAGAGAAUAUCCGUAUCCGGAAGUUCAACUUGCAGACGGAGGCCUACCAUGACUUCCUCGAGGAGCAGGAGCACAUCAUGGCUCUGGACUAUGACUGGGACCACAACAACACUGGACUCAGUACGUCACACAGACAAAAUUAGCGGUCUCCUAUGACCCAAACAAAAUAGCUGCGAUUAUAGGAAAAAUACACUUUUUGUUUUUACAAAGAAACACUAUGUUUCGAAAUAAACUUUACUUAUCAAAGUCAGGAAUGCAUAUUCAAAUACGUGUUUAACAUGUUAGUUAAACUUACAUGGAAAACCUUAAUUAUCAUCAAUAUCAUCAAAAAGUGACUAAAUAUUGUUAGCAGUUGAUGUUAUUCUUCAAUAACACAGACCCCAAAGGAAAUCGGGGAGAAAAAUAUAUUUAUUCAAAGAGAACUAAUCAUAGUUGUUAUGCUGGAAAGUAGAUGGUAGAUGUCCUCAAUGUUGUCUCCACUGAACAAAGAGACAGGAUGUAGUUUAUAGCCUCAAGCCUAGCAUGUGGCUGACCAAUUAGAAUUCCUUGCAAUAAAAUUAGGCCAAUGGCCAAAUACCAAGUAUCCUGUUUCAGGCUCAAUGUAUAGACCAUUUGAACCAAUGAGAACUUGCCACAUGUAGCUAUGAGUCCCUGGUUGGAACCCCUACACAGAUUCUAAACAGAUGUUGAACUGAAAAACAACUAUUUCCAUUGAUCGUUAAUUCCCUCUUGACCUCUAGUCCUCCAUUGACCACUAGUCCUCUGCGUUGUGUAUUUAUCUUAGAAUAUUCUUACAAUAUAAUCAAAAGUGACUAAAUAAUGCAAAAUAAUAAUCCUGACAAAAAUAAGAUAUCUAUGUUAAAAGAGAGCUGACUAAGCUCUCCAUGUUUUUCUCAGGUAUGGUGUAUUUCACGGUGGAGGGGAAGGACAAUGCGGCAGGUGCCAUCAAGAGGGCAUAUAUACCCACAGUGGACGACAAUAGCAACAAUAUGGCCGCCGCUGUCGACCUGGGCAUCAAAUACAUUACCACACCAGAUGGCAUCGCUGUUGACUGGGUCGGAAGGUAGAAUGGCAUGGCUGCACCUCUAUUUAUUUAUUUAUUUAUUUAUUUGUUUGUUGUUCAGAUUCCCUUGUAAUACAGAACUGGGCAUACUCCCCUACUGUGUGGUUUUGUGUUUCAUUCAAGUUCUGAAAUGUUCACAUUUAUGAAAAUGUCAUGUAAUCUGUUAGCUAAUAUAUUGAUCACUGAAAUUGUCAUGGCAGUGGUAUCUACACAGUACUUGUUAUAUUGAUGUUAAUGGCUGUGAAUGACUUUGAUAUGCAGUGCUAUAACAUGUUUGGGACAUAACAAAACAUGUUCUUUAUUUUCCUGUGAAUAGGAACCUGUACUGGGCGGACUCGAGAGUCAAGAGGAUAGAGGUGGCCAUGCUGGAUGGGCGCUACAGGAAGCAUCUGGUCAAGACGGACAUUGGCCAACCCUCGGCUGUGGCUGUCAAUCCUCGACUGGGGUGAGAAGCAUUGUAGGCUGCAAUGAGUCUGGGGCUUGUAUUGGAAGCUGUGGAUAAUGCUUCGAGAGGCUCACAAUUUCCUCGUCCCCCAAAAAUUCAUACAAAUAGAAAAUGUGAACUUGUUUAAACUACAAAUUCACGGAUCAUCGCAGUACUACAGUUUCACAAUUGAUGUGCAAGCAGUCAUGGAUGAGACAUGGUCAGAUUUGUUGUUGACCUGGGCAUUCUUUGGACAAAAAAAUCUGACAUCGUCUGAAAAGCCCCUUACAAAAUAAAUCUACUGUAGGUGAAACACUUAUCCCUCAUUUUCCUUUUCCACUUUCCUUUCUUCAUCCAGGAUGCUGUACUGGGCGGACCGAGGAACCGCGGCCAGGAUCGAGUACUCAUGGUUGGACGGGCAGCAUCGGAAUGUCCUGGUGCCCGACGGCCUUGGUUUGCCCACAGGCCUGUCAAUCGACUACGCCAACGGUGACCGGGUCUACUGGUCCGAUGCCAAGGAGAGUCGCAUUGAGUCGGUGCUACCUUCCGGAGAAGACCGCCGCACGGCAUUGUAUAUUGGUGAGGCUGGAGGGCAUAGUAAUACACCAUAGAGUGGAGGGAUACACAUGGGGCCUGAAAAUAGUCUAUUUUUUAAUUGUUUGCUUUACUUGUACAAAACUCUAUCAUACGAUUGCCAUGCCUCUCUGUGACGGUCGGCUGACUUACUAUUCAAACUUGGGGUUCUUUUUUUAUUCUUUAAAGGGGCAUUACACUCAAUCUAAGUUUGUGGAGAAUUGAUUCAUUUUGACAUUAGACUACUUCUAGGUCUGAAAAUAUACAGAAAUUAAGGUGGUACAUUACAUGGUUUCCAACCCUAUUUUCUUCUCUACAUUUGACAUUUUAGUCAUUUAGCAGACGCUCUUAUCCAGAGCGACUGACAGUUAGGGAGUGCAUACAUUUUUCAUACUGGCCCCCCAUGGGAAUCGAACCCACAACCCAGGCGUUGCAAGCGCCAUGCUCUACCAACUGAGCUACAGGAGGCCUAAUCUGUAACCUGUAAUUUCUAACCCCUGUGUUUGUCUCUGUGGGCCCAGAUGUGCGGUACCCUUUCAGUGUGAGUGUGUUUGAGGACCACAUUUACUGGAGUACCCAGGAGAAAGGGGAAGUGUUCCGGCAGGACAAGUUUGGCCGGGGCACCAAGACCAAGCUGCUCACCGCUGGGCCCUGGCUCACCCAGAUCAGUGUGUACCAGCAGCAGAGAUACAACUCCAUAGGCAGUGAGUGACACUUCAAACAUCUUCUGUGUUUCCUAUUUGAUAUCAAUUAAAACGCAGUCUAGGUUUUAGUGACAUUGUUGUUUACGUGUGUGUGUGUGUGUGUGUCAGUGAAAACCCCUUGUAAGGGGAUCUGCAGUCACUUGUGUCUGCUCAGACCUGGAGGCUACACCUGCGCCUGCCCUGAGGGAACCAGCUUUGUCUCUGGCAGCAACACAGACUGUGAUGCAGGUACCAUAGCCUCCUCCAUCUUGGACUGAUGACUCUGUCUUGUAUUGUAAAUGAAAAUUAUCUCUAUCUUGUCCCUCUUGGUUUGACUGUUGUGGUUAGCUACAUGAGGUUUUCAAUCUAUUUUGUGUGCCAUAACAAAAUUGGAAUGGCUGUAGGUGGGUCACCAUACAAUUUUUUUUGAGAGGCACUGUUCCAAACUUUAGUAUUGGGCAAAGACAGGAUAUGAUGUAAUACCUUAAACAGGAAGUAACACUUUGAAGGAAAUUGUGCUCCAUAUAUUGUAGUGUGCAUUGUUGUGGUUGACUGGUGUUGACCAUGUAUUAACCUCUUAAAUCUGACCUCUGUCAGGAUUUGACCCCCCACCCACCAUGCCCCCUCCAUGCCAGUGUAUAAAUGGCGGAACAUGCUACUUUGAUGACAACAAGGCCAUGUGCAUGUAAGUUGGAUGUUACAUUAACUUGUCCUAUUAGUGCCAUUACAAUUACUGCACAAUAUCUACAUGUUGCAUUUUUCCAGACUAUGGUGUCCAUUUUAGGACAGUGACACAUCCAUGGAAGCAGGGUGUCCACGGGUCCUUAAAAAGUAUUAAAGUCUUAAAUGAAUUUAUCUGAAAUGUCUUAAAUUCAGUCUUCAAAGGUCUUAACAAAUGUGACUGAGAUGACUAGAGUGUUUCCGUUAUAUUGUGCCGCUGCUUAAUUGUUGCCACCGCGGCAAAAAAGAAACUAAAUUGAACAUCAAAUAAUACUCGAGGCACACUUUCAAGAUGUAAAAGAGCUAUCCAACCGCGUCUGUGUGUGCACGUCAGGUGCGCGUGCCACUGCGAGUCGGUCCUUUGCCAGAGGAGAGAGAUGAGAGCAAGGUAGCCUAAUAUGCCUAUACAAUUUGAUAGACAACAACACUAACUAGAGCUGAGACAUUAAACUGAAAAUUACCAACACCGACAUUGCCCUCCUCUUACCGAAGCAAUUUUGCUUACAUCUGUAAUUUCGGUGAUUAAGCUACACAAGUUCCUGCAGAUAUUUGGGCUCUAAAACCAUUAUUUGGUCAACAGUAAUGUGCUUGAAUUAAUCUGCUUCCUGCAAUGAAAGUAUGUAUCUGCCCUGUCACUGUUUUGUGCUGGCUCUCACUCCCGCUCCCUCAUUUAAACAUGGAGUAAAGGGAGAGAUGAAUUCUGUGCAAGUGCAAGCAUACUGACUGUUGAGCAACAUUUCAAAAUGUAAUUGUGUGAAAGACACAGUUUUUUUAAACAACUACUGAUACUGUUGUUAAAAAAGAGGAGAGUCUCAGCUUUAUGUGAGUAUAACAAUUAUUUCUCAACUGUCAUUACAGAGGAAAUAACACCACUUUACAAACAGAGUAUGUAAUUGAGAGCAGGUAGCUGACUAGUGGUGGCUAUUCAGCAGCCUGAUGGUCUUGGGGUAGAACCUAUUGGCCAGUCUGUUAGUUUUAGCCAUGAUGCUCCUGUACUGGCCGUGUCUGAGUGAUGGAAUCGGGGAGAACAGGCCGUGGCUCGGGUGGCUGGGGUCCCUGAUAAACUUCUUGGCCUUCCUGCGACACCUGGACUUGUAGGUGUCCUGGAGGGCAGGCAGUGUUCAACCCAUGGUGCGUUCGGCUGAGCGUACCACCCUCUGUAGUGCCUUGCAGUCAGCGGCGGUGGAGUUGUCGUACCAGGCUGUGAUGCAGUCCGACACUAUGUUUUCGAUGUGAGGGCCUUCUGGGACAGGUUGAAUUUCUUCAGCCUCCUGAGGUUAGAGUGACUGUCGUUCCUUCUUCACCACAGUGUCGGUGUGGUUUGACCAUUUCAGCUCCUUGAAGAUGUGUACACUGAGGAACUUGACGUUUUUGACCGUCUUCAUAGCGGCCCCAUUGAUGAGGAUGGGGGCGUGCCCAGCCUGGUUCCUCCUGAAGUCCACAAUCGGCUCCUUUGUUUUGCUGACGUUGAGGGAGAGGUUGUUUACCUGGCACCACACCGUCAGAGUGCCUACCUCCUCCCUGUAGGCUGUCUCAUCGUUGUUGGUAAUCAGGACUACUACUGUCGUGUCGUCAGCACUCUUGAUGAUGGAGUUGGAACUGUGUGAGGCCAUGCAGUCGUGGGUAUACAGGGUGUACAGAAGGGGACUGAGGACAUACCCUUGUGGGGCCCCCAUGUGGAGAAGGUAAUGUUGCCUACCUUCAUCAUCUGGGGGCGGCCCGUCAGGAAAUCCAUGACCCAGUUGCAUAGGGAGGAGUUCAGUCCCAGGGCUGUGAGCUUUGUGGUGAGCUUAGAGGGCACUAUGGUAUUGAAGGCCGAGCUGUAGUCGAUUUAAAGCAUCCUCACAUAUGCAUUCCUCCUGUCCAGGUGGGUGAGGGCAGUGUGCAGUGCAAUGGUGAUUGCGUCGUCCGUGAAUCUGUCGGGCGGUAGGCAAAUUGGAGAGGGUCGAUUGUGUCGGGGAGGGAGGAAGUGAUGUAGUCUUUGUCUAGCCUCUCGAAGCACUUCAUGAUGACUGAAGUGAGUGCUACGGGUUGGUAGUCAUUCAGUUCAUUUACUUUUCCUUUCUUGGGCACGGGGAUGGUAGACAUCUUAAAGCAGGUGGGGAUAACAGCUUGAGCUAGAGAGAGAUUGAAAAUGUCAGAAAACACAACAGCUAGCUGGUCUGCACAUGGUCUGAGGGCACGGCUAGGGAUGCCGUCUGGGCCGGCAGCCUUGCGAGGGUUAACACGUUUUAAUGACUUGCAUACGUCCUCCAUGAAGACCGCAAGCACAUAGCCCUCGUUGUCCUCAGGGGCUCUCCUAGGCAGCUCAGAGUCGUUUUGCUCGAAGCGUGAGAAAAGGGUGUUUAGCUCGUCCGGUAGGGCGGCGUUGGUGAUAAUCCGUGAUCGUUAGAAGCCUCUGUCACAUACACCUCGUAUCCGACCAGCUGAAUUUUUCCUCCACUUUGUCCCUAUACUUGUGUCUCGUCAUCUUGAUCGAUCUGCGUAGGUUGUAUUUGUACUGUUUAAUCAUACAAUUGUCCCCAGUCAAUAUGCACAAAAAACAUGUUGCAAAUCAAAAUAUCCAUCAUGCAUUCCCUGAAAAUGUUAGAUUAAACUUCUUUCAUGACUUACUUGGCACUGGAAAAAGUCAGUCUAGAGCCCUCCUGCUGAAAUUACCUAGCUUCGAAGUAUAGCCAUUUGAUACCUGAUUCACUGAAUGAGGGAAUUCUUUUAUUAGACUUUUUGGUUGUAGUCUGUUAUAGCAUAAUACCUCCAAGAGAGCUACUGAGUGUGUAGACUUUUGUUCCCCCCUCUACUCUAACACACCAACUGCUCAACAGGACCUUGUUAAACUGACUCAGGUGUGUUUGAGCAGUGCCGGAUCAAAAGCCUGCACACCCAGUGGCUUGGCUUUCCAGAUGGAGAGUUGACCACGUGUUUUAUACUGUAACAUACAGUGCCUUGCAAAAGUAUUCAUCCCCAUUGGCGUUUUUCCUAUUCACCCCCCCCCCCCCCCCCCCCCCCCCACCUUUUGCAGCAAUUACAGCUGCAAGUCUCUUGGGGUAUGUCUCUAUAAGCUUGGCACAUCCAGCCACUGGGAUUUUUGCCCAUUCUUCAAGGCAAAACUGCUCCAGCUCCUUCAAGAUGGAUGGGUUCCGCUGGUGUACAGCAAUCUUUAAGUCAUACCACAGAUUCUCAAUUGGGUUGUAAGGCAACAAAAUAGGAAGAAUGCCAAGGGAGGUGACUACUUUCGCAAGACUACUUUUGCAAGGCACUGGCACUUCGACUUUAAGGCAUUUUUUUUUCACAGUUAUGAUAUUGAGCAUCAUUAUACUAAGCUGAUAUUGGUAUCGAAGCCAAAAUUCUGAACACUUAGGCCUAGAGUUUGUGAUUUAGCUAAUGAUUAGCCCAUUGGGGUAGCCUAAACAAAUGCAGAUGGGAAACCCCAUGCUUCAGUCAUCUAUAUCCUAGCCGCUAUGCUACUACAUCCGUUAGGCUACAGGAGAAUGCUCAUUGCUCAAAUAGCACACUUGCCUGAUAAUAUUAUGAGCCAGCCCAAAAAUACUACUUUUUGCCAACAUGGGCUCAUUUCUGGAGAGGAAUAUUAGCAGUUGUGUGGCGCUCGCAGACCUCAAAAUUGGUAUUGUAUUGCAUUCCAAGUGGCAUUAAAAAGUCUUAAAUUUAACAAAUAACCUGAACAUAACGUGCGACUCUGUCCUUAUUAUGGAUAGCGUACAAGCCCUGCCGGUGUUACCUCUCUCUGUAUAACAUUGGUUUUGAUUUUUUCCUCAGAUGUCCUCCAGAAUGGCAGGGAGACUUUUGUGAGAUAAACAUAUUUGGGGUGGUCGCAUCUUCAGGUACAUGCAACAGUAUAUCCAUGAUCCAUCGUUAGUUUGUUCAUAUUUUUUUUCAUACCACAAAAUGUCAAUGUCUUUACGUCCCCCCUCUGUUUCUCUCUAUCGUUCUCCUUUUCACCUCAUCUCCUUCCCUUCCUUCUCUUUCACCCCCACUCUCAUUCCCUCCUCUCCCUCAUGCAAACCCCCUCUCCUUCCCUCCCUCCCUCCCUCCUGCCAUUCCCCCCCCCCUCCCUCCCGCCCAGUGGGUAUAGCCAUCGGGGUGACUGUACUGAUAGUACUUCUCCUUGGGGGUCUGGUCUAUGCUGCCCAGAGGAAGGCCAGUAUCAUGGAGACAAUAAGCCACAUCAUGCCAAGUAUGCCUAGCUUCAGGUGAGCCACAGUUCCACAGGUACUGCCACAAUAUAUCUUGUCCCCCAGCUCAUUAGAUUCUAAAAGGAUAUGCUAAUGCUAAAGCUAGCCCAACAACCCAUUAGAUUCUAAAGGGAUGCUAAUGCCAAAGCUAAGUUUCCUCAUAAUACAGAGCUAAUAUCUGUAUCAUAAUCCUUUCAUUCAUACCAAGUGUACUUUUAUUGGAUGUUUUCAGGGGUGCCCCGUCUCAAAGCUCUGACCCAUCAAAGGAGGAGGGGAGUGACCCGGGCCCAAGCCUCAAAGCGGUUUGUCUAAUCAUGAUUUGUUAAUAAUCCAUAAAACAAAAACAUUUAAAGUGUUUUCCAGCACACAGACUCCUAGAGUACUGUGGUUAGCUUAUGUUCAUGCAAAGCGUCUCUUUACAUAGUCUUACGGUCUAUGUCUCAUCAAUGUCUCAUCUAGGAACCCCUUCACCAGGAGCCCUGUACUGCUGUUCCUAUGGAGGAGGAAAGGGGGAAGAGUUUUGAGAACCCCGCCUAUGCAGCUGAGGGGAUUGAGAGACCUGCCCCUAACGGUAUCACUACUGCCAUCCUUGUGCCCAAUGGGACAGCAAAGGUCAAUACACCAAAUAUACUGUAUUAGCUAAUAUAUGUACUAUAAUGUACUGUAUUCUGUUAAAUCAUCCCAAUGUGGAUUUCAGCAGUUCUAUGAUUUUAGUUUUACUAAGACAACACUGGCGGGUCACAGCCAAUCAACUUGUGGGCCAGAUUUUGCCCGUGGGCCGCCAGUUGAAGACCCCUGUUUUGGAGUUUCAAUUGAGAGCUAGUUAAAAAGUGUAUUCUUGUUUUUAGGGACAUGCACUGGGCAGUAUGCCAAUGUCAUUCAGAACAUAGAACAUGAGGAAGACCACCCUGUCGACUGUAUCUUGCGUGUAGUUCUGAAUUGUUCUUUAUGUUGUUCUAUAGGAGAACAUUGAGAACCCUUUGUAUGCUGAGGUUCGUGUGGUAGCUGAGCCUGACCCUGAGCCCGAUGCUAGCGCCACACCCGCUAACACUGUAUCAGUC